AUGUCAAAUCUUACCUCUUCCACCUCUGAAUUUCUGCUUCUGGAAUUCUCUACGGUCCGAGAACUGCAGAUCCUACACUUCUUUGUGUUUCUAGCAUUUUACCUGACAACCCUGAUGGGGAAUCUUUUCAUCAUCAUUGCAAUAAUCCUUGAUUAUCACCUGCAUUCACCAAUGUACUUCUUCUUAAUGAACUUGGCCAUUUCCGAUCUUGGCAAUAUUUCUGUCACUGUACCCAAAUCCAUGCUGAAUUCACUUAUGAACAGCAGGCUCAUUUCCUAUUCAGAAUGUGUUGCUCAAGUUUUCUUGUUCUUCUUCUUUAUAGCCUCAGAUUUUGCCCUCUUAACAAUCAUGGCACAUGACCGGCAUGUUGCCAUUUGUAAUCCACUACAAUAUGAAGCCAUUAUGAACAAUGGAGCCUGCAUCCAGAUGGUAGUUAUUGCAUGGAUUAUUAGUCUUCUUUAUGCCAUGUUACACACUGGUGGCACUUUUUCAAUGACUUUCUGUUCCAAUAAUGUUGACCAAUUCUUCUGUGAAAUCCCCAGAUUAUUAAAACUCUCCUGCUCUGACUUGUACCUAGUUGAAUUGGGACUUAUUAUGUUUAGUUCUGCUGCAGGAUUUGGAUGCUUUUUAUACAUUAUUGGAACUUAUGUGAAGAUCUUCACUGCCGUCCAUAGAAUUCCUUCUGUACAUGGGCGGCAGAAAGCCCUCUCCACUUGCCUCCCCCACCUUGUGGUUGUCUCUGUGUUUAUGUUCUCUAGCCUUUUUGUCUAUGCAAGACCUCCCAGUCAUAAUGCAUCUGAUAUGGAUUUAGUCUUUGCUGUUAUAUAUACUGUACUUCCACCCAUGUUGAAUCCAGUUAUUUAUAGCAUGAGAAACAAAGAAAUCCAGACUGCAUUGUGUAAGUUAUUGAAACUUAAGCAUGUUUCAAAAACAAUUUCCAGAUUUUUCUGA